CGGCCUGCAGCGCUAGUGUUCGCGUGCGGCGGCCACGGCGAGCUGCUGCUCCUCUUCCGGUCUUCCCUGCUGAUCCCCGACCAGCGGCAGCUUCCCCUACUCGCGCGCCCCGCACGCCACCCUCCCCCACAUCGCCGGCGCCGGCAUGGCGUCCGGAAUCCGGGGCGCCGUGCCCCCGCGGCCCCCUCGCGCGCUCACCCACCUCGCGGCGCUGCUGCUGCCCGGGCUCCUCCUCGCCUCCUCCUCCUCCUCCUCCUCCUCCUACCCCGCCGCGGCGGCGGCGGCGGCCACCGCUGCGAUGCACAACAACAACUGGGCCGUGCUCGUCUGCACCUCCCGAUUCUGGUUUAAUUAUCGACAUAUGGCGAAUACUCUGUCUUUGUACAGGACUGUUAAGAGAUUAGGAAUACCUGAUGAGCGAAUCAUACUUAUGUUGGCGGAUGAUAUGGCUUGCAAUCCUAGGAACAGUUAUCCUGCCCAAGUUUUCAACAAUGAGAACCACCAGCUAAAUCUUUAUGGUGACAAUGUUGAGGUUGAUUAUCGAGGGUACGAGGUAACAGUUGAAAACUUUUUGAGAGUUUUGACUGGCAGACAUGAAAGUGCGGUACCAAGAUCAAAGCGUCUGCUAAGUGAUGAAGGAAGCCAUAUUCUUCUGUACAUGACUGGGCAUGGUGGGGAUGAGUUUUUGAAGUUCCAAGAUUCUGAAGAGCUUCAGAGCCAUGACUUAGCAGAUGCAGUGAAGCAGAUGAAGGAGAAACAUAGAUUUAAAGAGCUGCUGAUAAUGGUAGAUACUUGCCAAGCUGCUACUCUCUUUUCACAGCUUCAUUCACCUGGUGUAUUGGCGAUCGGUAGCAGCAUGAAGGGUGAAAACUCUUAUUCUCACCAUCUUGAUUCAGAUAUUGGUGUUUCUGUUGUUGAUAGGUUUACCUAUUAUACACUUGCUUUCUUUGAGAAACUGAAUAUGUAUAGCAAUGCCUCAUUGAACAGUCUUUUCAACUCAUAUGAUCGUUCAAUGCUGAUGUCUACUGCAUAUUAUCGAAUGGAUCUUUAUGAGAGGUCCUUAAAUGAGGUGCCUGUGACAAAUUUCUUUGGAUCAGUCAUGAAGACUCUUCAUACAGAUUCAGCCUACACAGGUUUCUUGGCUGCACAUGACGAUGAAACUCCCAUGUCCAUCAGAGAUAAUCGACAUGAUCAUUUCAUGUCAAAGAAUGAGGCUAGUGCAAGAAGAUCAAACAGAGAAAAGGAGGCGCAAAUAAUUCCCCAUGGAUGGACAGAAGUUCUGCUUGAACAGCUGGAGGGCAAGAAUACUGACACUGUUGUGCUGUAUGGUCUGGGAUCUAUGGGUAUAUUGUUGGCACUUUCAACCUGGUUAUCAAUGUAGGCACUAUGAAGAGUACUGUUCACACGCCAUUCUCUUCCACAGUGCACUGAAUCAUACUAACUGUCUAGAGACUGGGAUCAAAAAUAGAGAACAAACUUUGGAGGUUCUUUUUUAUUUUUCUCCUUUUUAAAACUUGUUACUGUCUAUAAGAAUUGAUUCUAAAUUAACGUAUGUAGUUCUUUUAUGCAACUUCUGUUCUACUAUGUUAGUACUCAUUGUUUAACAUGAUCUUUUGGGUAUAAUUUGAUGAUAAGCUUUACAA